AAUAUAGCAGGGAAAUAAACUUUUUCGACAAUUAGAGCCAAGAAACAGUCCGAAUGUUUAAGAAGUUUGGUUCCCGAGAUAACAGACCGGCGAAGUUAACCCGCGUUCAUCCACCACCCGGGGAUUAUUAUAUCAGCGCAAUGGCCACGGACCGGGAAUUGGAUCGAUUCAUGGCCCUUUCGUCGACGGCAAGCAGUGGAGCCAGUGGCAGCACCCAAAGUUGUGCCCUGGGAUCAGUCCAGCCGCCAGGAUGUGCCUCCAUGGAACAUGAAGCGCGACCAGAAUCAGGCCACAGGCGUCGCACGAAGAGCAGCGAUCAUCGUUCACCUGACGAACGGGGGGAAGCAAAGGAACAGCUCCGGGAACUGUCAGUUUCACCACCACCCAGUAAGCACAACAUCAGUCAGUUCACAUCACCGAAAUCGGAAGUAACUCAGACGAAACCGAAUGAAUACACUAUAAUUCCUAUUGUAUUGGCCAGUAGCCCCAGUUUUCGUUCCGUAGCAGUUACCCAAACCAUGUCCCAAUCCGCGGGGGACAUUCGCAGACCUAUCAAGUCGCCCCAGAUGCAAAACAAAAAAACCCAGACACUAGAGUCUGUCCAUAAGUCACACAAACACACAAAGAAGUGCCAAUGUAAAUCCAGGAGACAGGAUUCCAAAGUUAGCUCUUGUCAGACGGACAUUCAUCAUCCGGAAAGGGAGCAGCAAGAAAUUCAGCCACUCAUGAGAGACCAAAGGAAAGCUAAACAGCGCCAUGAAAAGGAUCAUCAACUGGAAAGGGAACAGCAAGGAAUUCAGCAACUCACGAGGGACCAAAGAAAAGCUACAAAGCGCGAAAAGGUGCGCGAGCAAGAGCGACAGUACACGGCGGCUCAGUUCGAGAAAAUUCGGGGCAAUAGGCGGCAUGUGAGCAAGGAGAACCAGCAGCCCGAGAACCCUGUAGUAAAUCCCUCCACCGGCGUCACAGCCUCCUCAUCAACCACUUCAUUAGACGUUGGAUCCGGUAGUAGACCGCGAGGGGUAUUGGAUAUAGGAAUCGAGUUGGUCUGUUCUCUGGUAAAAUCUCGCAGCCUCAGCCAGGGACAGAAGAAAAAACUCGUCCGUGAUAUAGCCAGGCGUAUCUCCUGUCUGGAACUGACCGAAUCCAGCACUAGUUCGCGUUCCCUGAGCAGCAGCAGCAAGGAGCAGUUGAAGGUGCCUACAGGUUCUCUGCAGCAAGUUGCGGCCACCAAUACGAACCAAUCCAAUGCGAGAAGCUCAUCCAAAGCUGAACGUAUUGCUCCACCAGUUCCCGCUCCACGAAAGCGAGCAGCUAUCGGAUCAUCUUCGCCACUGCCUGAAAGCGUAUCGUACAGUGGCUCAACCAGUGGCUCAGGCGAGGUGAUCACCCAGAAGACAAAUAUACCGAAUCGCAAUGCCUCAACGGAUGCAGAUAUUGAGCCUUUGGAUUUGCAGGAUUGGCUGAAUCCCAUGACCCUGAGUGAAAUAGAGUUCGAAGAGCGUUUGAAAGGUGGCACGGAUUCGGAGCGAAGGAGGCAGCUCCACUGGGUCAAGACAGAGAUUAAUCGCAUGCAGGAAUUUAAAAAUCUUUUGGAAAGUAUCAGUUUGCCCAGCAAGUCGCAGAAGAAAGCAAACACGGAAUCUGCGACGGCUGCGCAGAUUCCAAGUUCCAUGCGAUGUAUGGGCGACCAGAAGGAGCGACCGGACAAGGAAUAUCUUCUGCGACAAGAAAUGUCAGCUGAAGCAGAGAGCAAAGAGAUGGAAAAUUCGGAAACAACAACAACACCGCCGCCCCCAGUGAGAAUUGAAUCGGUUGGAGUGAAUGUGACCAAUUCUGAUCCUUCCACACUGCCAGCACCGCCCCCGACACAACCACCACCACCACCUCCUCACCUUAACCAGCGGAAUCUGCAGAACCGUAAAAAGAUGGCCACUCCUUUACUUGUCUCAGGUAGCUCUACCAGUGGCGGCGGUCGCAGUGAAAGUGUCUGCUCCUUUGUCCAGCAAAGGCAGCGUCAGUUCUGCGAGCAUUAUGAGAACGAGCAGCUUGAAGAGUUUGUAUUGCUCCAGAAACAGAAACUUUACCAGCUGCGGAAACAGCUGAACCAGCAAAAAGAUAUUUUGAUACAGAGGCAGCAACAUUGUGGUCAGCGGACUUACGUUCAUCAGCAGCAUUGCCCGAGGCGUCAACAGGAAGCACAGGAUCAGCACGAUGAACGAGAGCAAUAUAUGCAGAUGCAGUACGCCCAGGCGGCGGGUGCCUAUGCAUCCGGCGCGGUUGGGAAUGAAGCCAUCUACCACCAGGUGGUCAACCCUCAGGGAGUAGCUAGCUAUGUGCAAGCAACAAUGGUGAGCACAGAGACACAAAAUGAAGCAACUGCAACUGGUGGAGCAGGAGGCUCGUCCAUCACCAGAUGUGAGACCACCACUCGUCAGUACGAUGAUGUGGCAUGUCAGCGGGUGCGAAGGGGGCACAAGGAGACCAGGAUGAAUGCAGAGCGUAUGCAACGCCAAGUGCGUCCACGUGCUAUAUCCUAUGUCAUCCAGUUUACGCCGACGGGCAGCAGUGAGGUGAUUGAGAAACCUCCCUCCCUGCAGGAUCAACUGCAGCUGGCUCGUCCCGAAUUCUGUGCCAAUGCCAAGCAGCGCAAGGCCAUACUUAAUGAGAUGCAGAUGAUUCGCAAUGCUCGGCGCCAGGAGCUGGACAAUGUUUUGAGCCAGAGUACCAGCAUGGAGGCGCUGAACAGGCAUCUGGAGCAGCUGCCUCCAGCAGCCAAUACUCGAGUUAAAUUAUUUACCACCAGGGAAAUGAAGGCGAUUACCUCCAAACGGUGCAAAAAUUUGCCGGAAGUGUUGGCCGCCCAAAGUCGCCAGGAGGAGGAGCAGAGACGUCGCUCCAAUCGUUUGAUGCGCGAUGCUUUCAACAAGUCCCAUUUAUCCAAACAGCGCCUCAAAAGUCGCGUGGCCAGCGGAAAUAUAUCGCAGCGUGGUAAUCAUCUAGAGAAGAUCGAAUAAGGAUUUCCCCACAGCCACCGACACCAGUUACCGACAUCAACACCCACAGCCAUGGCACCCACCAGUUUUAGUUUUUCAUUAUUAUGCUUUUGCCACUGCCAAGCUUUGUUAUUUUUCUAUAUAUUUUAAUCGAUCACAAUUGUUUAAGUCCAGUCCAUACGUAAUGUUAAAAUUUAAUGUAGCCGGCCAAUUAACUUUAAACAUAGAAAAUUAUGUUGAUCUAGCAUUUGACUAAAUUUGUAAUGUUUUUAAAAGAAAUAAAUUGAGAACGGGUCGACGAUCGAUUUAAAUCU